AUGGCGACUGCGACAAUCGAAGUAUUGCCUGAUUGCCUCGUUCACAAAAUAGUCUCUUGCCUUAGCUUUAAAGAAGCAGCCAAGAUGAGUAUUCUCUCCAAAACAUGGUUACAAGGCUGGAUGACUCAUCAGAACUUGGAAUUGAAAGCUCAAAACUUCAAUGUGAUGAAAAUACUGGAUAAAAUCAUGGAAAGAUACAGGGACAGCAAAAUCCAUAUAGAAAAGUUUGAAUUUUUAAAAGCUUUUUCAAUCUCUGGUUUUGUCGAACUUUUCCCUCUGAUUGAUAAGUGGCUUGACAUCGCGCUUCAUAAUGGUGUAAAAGAUUUAGCGUAUAUAGAUGUUAGAUCUUCAUUAUAUCCCUUGCCUAUUUUCACAAUCUUGGCAGCAAAAUCUUUAAGAGAAUUGGUUUUGUGGGGUUGUGAUUUGAUAGGCGGCUCAUUAUCUGGUGGUUUGGCCAACUGCUAUUCGUUGAGAAAGCUUUCUCUAUGUGACGUUUGUUUAAACGAUAAUAUGCUUCAGACUCUACUCACUAGUUGUCCCUUGAUCGUCAAUUUCUUCAUUGAGCAUUGUACUGGGUUACAAAAGACUGAGCUACGGAAUCUUCAAAGGGUCAAGUCAGUUUCCAUUAAGACACUUAGAAAGCAAUGUGCUAAAAUUCAAGCACCAUCUCUUGAACACUUGUUGAAGAAUUGGAUAUUAUUGAGUGGUAGAAUCUGA